UUUGCAGUAGUAGUAAUAGUAGUAGCAGUUCCUUUGUUGUGGACCAUAUAGUGCCGGGAGAAAACUACUACUACUACAACAAAAACACAAGGAAGUAGCAAAAGAUUGAAGGAUAAUUAUUAGGAAGCCAUUUAACAUUUGAAUAACUGAAGCGUAAAAGUGUUUUGUUUGUGGUUCUUGUAACAAAAAGCAGAACCAGGAAACGGCUGGCUUGAGAAACUUACAUUGUCGGGAAAUACUUUUUCUCCAACUUCUGCUGUUGGAGGACUUCUGUCACUUUGCCCAGUGCGCUCCUGGCUCCUGUCUCCUCCUCUUCCUCUCUCACCACUCGGCGCUCGUCACACAGCUCCUCCUUCAUGCAGACCUCGUACCGCCUGCCCCACCCCUUACCCCCCCUCCCGGUGCGGAAGGGGGUCCGGGGGAGAAGACCCAAAUCCCAGACCAUCGCCCUCCUGAAGGCCGCGGCAGAGGCAGCAGCUGCAGAGGCGGCAGCAGCCUCUUCUUCAUCGGUCAAUGGGAAUGGACUGUCCAGUAAAAGCCCCCCCAGGACCAACAUCUCCACAGGGGUAACACUGGCCCCCCGACCACACAAGAAGAGGGGUCCGAAGCCAGGCAGCCGGAGGAAGUCCCGCCUGGUCCAGUCUUUAGGGUCCUCCCCAGUCUCACCGUCUCCUUCAGAGACCAGACUCAGCUCCAGUCUAGUCUCCAAGGACAGUAACCAUAGCAACGGGUCCAAUGUCGUCUGCACAGUAUGUGUGUAUGUGAACAAACACGGAAACUAUGGUCCAAACCUGGAUCGUAAACUGGUCCAGCAGCUCCCAGACCACUUCGGCCCAGCCCCGGUGAACUCGGUGCUGCAGCAGGCAGUCCAGGCGUGUGUGGACUGCACCUACACGCCGUCCUCUCUGCUCACCUUUCUGCAGAGCCAGUCCCACAGCGGAGGAGAGGUCAUCAGAGUUCGGUCAGACCAUGGUAUCCGAUACGUGAAGCUCCCGUCUGUGUCCAGUGCCUCGUCCGUGCUGCGCUUCCUGGAAAACCUCUGCUCACAUCUGGAGAGCGACUGUGUGUUCAGCUCACAGCCUUUCAGCCCGUUCACAAACAACACACGCUACUACGAGAGGAGCAAGUCAGAAAACGGUUUGUCCAAUGAGAACUCUUCAAAGGACAGCACUCCCAUCCCUCGUCCUCCUCACAAUAACAGCGCUGACUAUCGAGCGGCAAAGAAAGAGCGAGCUUUUUACCACGGCCACGCCCAGCAGACUCCGCCCCCUCUGCGGCGAGUCAACUCCAAUCCCUCCGACAUCACCCCAGCACACAUCACCAGAAGAGUGGAAGCUCCCAGCUCUACUACAGGCCCAGACCAUAUGAAGCAGGACACAGAGACCUCGGGAAAUGAUGCCUCCUCCUGGACAGUGGAGGAAGUGAUCCGGUUUGUCCAAGAGGCAGAUCCCCACACUCUGGGUCCACAUGUAGAUCUGUUCAGGAAACAUGAGAUUGACGGGAAGGCUCUGAUGCUGUUACGCAGCGAUGUCAUAAUGAAGUACAUGGGACUGAAACUGGGGCCUGCGCUUAAAUUGUGCCACCACAUCGAGAAGCUAAAACACUCCAAACCGUGAAACAACAAGGAACAAUCUCCCUGGAAACCAAACAAAGUAUUUCAUAUGAACUGCAAACACGUGCACCCUCACCUUCAACUUUACUGAACUAAAACAACAAGCAUGACGUCUGGAUUUUAUUUCACAACAAACUGAAGGAUUUAUUUAUUACCAUUUCAGUUUCUCAUAAACAAUAAUACAAAUACUGUUAUCACCACUGAUAUGGAUAACAUUGAUGGUAUUGGAUUUGAAUGCCUUUUUCCCAUUGGAUCCUGCAGCACAUAGCAAAUCUAGUCUAUGGGAGUCCAAACUCUGGUGGAUCAAGUUUUGAAGCAAGAUGCACACUUAUAACUAUAUAUUGUGUUCUCAUUGUAAUGUAAAUGCCUUUGACAACUACAAACAGAUCAUGUAUUGUUUUGUUGUGCCUGCUUUGCCAGAAUCUAUGAAAGGACAUUGUAUUCUCAUAACAGACAGGUUUGAUUAAAGGUGCACUGUGUAACUUCUAAGGUGGAGGGCUGGCUACUUUCUUGAUGGAGAUGCAUGAAAUGUUUGACAAAGUAUGGUAUUAAACUUAUCUGCCUUGCCUGUAUUCAAUUACUGGUGUUUUAUAUCUUAUAUAUAUUGAAAAACAUGAAUUUUUACUACGUGUGGGUUUGCUUUUCCAUAGAUCUGACCAGUAACUUGUCUCCAUUGUGAUAACCAAGUUUAUUUCCAUACUGUAAAAGCAACCACAUGUCCAUGGAGACACACAGGAGACAGAUCCUCCACCAUAAAAGUUACACAGUGCACCUUUACGUUGAGAACUACUUACUGCAAAUACAGUAUAUAAUUUUGUUGAAUAUUGCAAUAAAAGUGUAUUUUGUCAGUGAAUAUGCAAAGUCAUCACAAAUAUAGCUCACCAAAUUAAUAGACAAUUGAGAGAUUAGUGUUCAAUUACCUGUUUAUUCUGUUUUAAUUUUAGUAUCACUGGAUUUGGUUGUCAACUUAAAUAUAAAAAUGUAUUCUAAUGUUUGUCUAGUAUUUGCCAUGAGGUAUAUUGGCCAUGGUCACACUGCAGUCAGAUGUUGCUAAAACAAUUAAGCUAAGUAACUGGGCUAUUAACUUUUUAAAAACAACACAGUAGGAGAUGCAUUUACCUUGUUGACAUGUUUUGGCUGCGAGCUGCCAGAACGAGACGGUAAAUACACCUACUCUACUGUCUUUAAAAAGAAAUUAAAAUAUAAAAGAAGACAAAAUCAAAGUAUUUGGAUAAGUAACUGUACUGUAUAAAUUUAUUUUGAUUUGGACAAAAAUAUGGGAGUAGGGCAGGGCAGUUAAUAGAUUCAUAAUUGAGGUCGAGAGUCAUUUUUAAUUUUUAUUUUACUGCCCGUAAAAGUGGAGAGGAAGGAGUUUAUACAUGUACACUUCUUCCUAUGCCUUUUUGAGAAUAAUUGUACUUUUGCACAACUUUUAUCAUAAUAUUUCAUAUGGUUUAGAAGAUGUUUUAUCAGAAUUUUGACUUUGGAAGUAGAAAUUGGGCUUUUUGUUUGUUAAAAGGCACUGACUUUUAUUUAGUUUUUGAAAAGAAACAAUAAAACUGAAUUGAAAAUCAAGAUAAAUCAUUAUGAGGAAAACACUAUUACCCAGCCCUAAUUCGAUGUUUAAAUGCACAAAACGUUAUAUUAUAUGUGUACACAUUAAUGUUGAAAUACAAUGACAGUACCAUUUAUAAGAAUAGUACUGACAGUAUAUUAAAUCAGAUUUUAGCGAUAACAUUUGGAUGCAAUGUGAACGUGGUCAAGGCACAGAAGAAUACACAAGACCAAUGCAAGCAAGAAGAGUGUACUGUACUAUAUUUACUAUUUAAUGUUUCCAAUUAUAACUGUGAUGUACAAUGAGAAAUCUAAUAUUUUUGGGAACGUUACAUAGAGACAUUUGAACUGAAAGGAUUGACUGAAGUGACUGGGAUACUGCAAGUUUGAGCUGUGUACAUAAACAGGGACUUUGUAUAGAGACAAAAGGUUGUUUUUGAUAUGGUUUUAUACUGUAAGAAAGCAUAUUAACCUGUAUCAAGCGUAUGUGUAUCAGCUUUUCUGCCUGAAAUACUCUUGUGUCAUAUAACUACCUACAGGAUGGUGUUUUGUCAGUAAAUAUAAUCUUAAAUAUUGCUUUGUUUUUCCAUGGCAGAAAAACUCAUUUUCUGAACAUUUCAGAAUCAUUUAUAAACCAAACCUGCCUGUUGUAGUUCUUGCUUUGGCUCUCCUGUAGUGUGAUGAGUUAUACUUGAAACCAUAUUGCUUUAACGUGAAUCUCAGGUUUUAGUAGGGCUUGUUUUAAGAGGUUUUUCUUUUGUUUUUCUUUAUUACCAUAGACAGAAUACGCUGUAAUCUGCUAUGUUUAUGCUUUUGCCUCACCAUCUGUCCAUGCCAUUUCAUUUGUAAAUAUAAAACUACUUUUUACCGGAAGUUCAAAA